AUGGCUACGGCAGAAGUGGAGAACAGAGAGUGGUAUGUUGCUAGUUAUGCAUCAACUGGUGUUCCCAAUUCUGACCAUAUUAAGCUACGCACUGUCACUCUAUCGCUACGAGCGGAAUGUAUUCCCGAUAAUCAUGUAGCAUUCCAAAUCCUCUAUGUCUCUAUUGAUCCAUACAUGCGCACUCAAUUGAGUGGCCUCGAUGAUGGCCUCUCUCUUCCUCAAAUCCCACUCGGUCAGGUGAUAAGAGCAUUUGGAAUAGGGAAGGUGGUUCGAUCUAAGGACGCCAAAUUUUCAGAGGGAGAAAUAGUAACGAGCCGUUUUUGCCCUGUUUCUGAAUUUGGUGUUCUGCCUUCUAAUUUGCUUCAGAAAAUUAAGCCUGGCGAUGGAGUUGCCUUGCCGGAUUAUCUUAGUUCCUUAGGAAUGCCUGGAAUGACAGCAUGGGUGGGCAUAGAAAAGAUUGGAAAUGCUAAAGAGGGAUCAAAUGUUUACAUAUCGGCCGCAGCCGGAGGAGUUGGAAUCAUAGCUGGACAGCUAGCUAAAGUUAAAGGUUGUCGAGUUGUCGGAAGUGUAGGCUCUGAUCAUAAGGUGAAGUUGUUGAAAGAAGAAUAUGGGUACGAUGAAGCUUUUAAUUACCGUAUAGAGACAGAUUAUGAUGCUGCAUUAACCAAAUAUUUUCCGGAUGGAAUUGAUGUAUAUUUUGACAAUGUUGGUGGUAAAAUGCUUGAGGCUGUCCUUAAUCACGUCAACCAUGGAGCUCGUAUUGCACUUUGUGGAAUGAUAUCCGAGUAUAAUAAGGUUUGGACAGAAAGAGAAGGAGUUAGGAAUUUAUUGAACAUGGUGGGUAAAGAAGUUAUGAUGAAAGGGUUUAUGGUGCCUUCCUAUUUUAAUCACUUUGAGGAAUUUAUAAAGGAGAUGGAAGUUCACUUGAAAGAAGGCAAAAUAAAGUCCAAGCACAAAAUCUAUAAUGGUAUUGAGAGCUUUUUGGAGAGUUUAACAUCUCUAUUUACUAGCUCCAAUGUUGGAAAAGUAAUUCUUCAAGUUACUCCUUAAAAGUAAUUCUCAGAAUGAUUAAACAAGCAAAAA